GAGGACAGGAGGAAAUGGAGCUACGGAGCCUGGUCUCCAUGGUGUCACCAGCACAGCAGACUCAACAACGGGCUGAAGAACCGACCCAGGGAACCCCGGACGGCGGCCCGGCGGAACAGCCGACUGCGGGAAGCGGACAGAGGAAGGCGGAGAGGACCACGGAGAAGGGCCCGGAGAAGUGCCCGGAGAUGACUUACAAGAAGCCGUGCAACAUCGACGAGUGGUCUCGGGUCAUCUUUCCUGCCGGGUUUCUGCUCUUCUCUAUCAUAUACUGGUCGUAUUAUCUGUAUGCCUAACUAUGUAAAGCUAACA